CGUCGCUUGACAAGUACAUGCACGAUGCACGGCAAAUCUCAGCAGCAGGGCUGUUCAAGCCACUACUCGUCACCAUAGAGAAUGAGGUUACGUUGAGGCUGUGGGUCACCCAGCCUUUGCUGGCGUCAUGAGUGGGAAGAGCCUCCUUCUGAAGGUGAUUCUGCUGGGGGAUGGCGGUGUGGGUAAAAGUUCUCUCAUGAACCGCUAUGUGACUGACCGCUUCGACUCUCAGUCUUUCCACACUAUCGGUGUGGAGUUCCUCAACCGUGACCUGGAGGUGGAUGGACGACCAGUCACAUUGCAAAUCUGGGACACAGCGGGCCAAGAGCGAUUCAAGUCCCUGCGCACACCCUUCUACCGUGGCGCCGACUGCUGCCUGCUCACAUUUGCAGUGGACGACGUGCAUAGCUUUCAGAACCUGGGUGCCUGGAAGAGGGAAUUUGUGCGCUACUCAGAUGUGCGUGAUCCCGAAUUCUUCCCAUUUGUCGUGCUGGGCAACAAGGUGGACAAAGAGGAGCGAGAGGUGGGCGAGGAGGAGGCACGUGCCUGGUGCGAGGAAAAUGGUCACUGCCCCUACUUUGAGACCAGUGCCAAGGAUGAUACUAAUGUGAGCGCUGCCUUUGAGGCAGCUGUACGGGCGGUGCUGGCCUCCGAUGAUCAUGUUGACCAUGCCCUGCUCAGCAGCACCAUCGACCUGCAUGGUAAUCGCAAGCCGGCCCGCUCCUCCUGCUGCUAAGGCGUAAAUGGAUACCAACACAUCCACGUUUGCCCUGCAUAUGCACAUGAUAACCAAUGGUACAACACAGGUUGGGGUGGGGUGGGUGAGGCAGCUUUGAUUGAGUUCCCUUGGGUUCUUUAGUUACAGAUGUAGCAGAAUUAUUGUACAGUGUCACUGGGACAGUCAUUUUUUGUGUCUGCUUUCUGCAGUCUGGCACCGAUGACUGCAUGAUAUUUUCUGUCUUUCCUCACAAAGGCUCCUGUGGCUUGUUGGAUUUUCUGCUUGUUUUGAUUUUUUUUUUUUUUUUUUUUUUUUACAGUAGACUAACCUUAGAGAAAUAUAUAUAAUCUUCAGUACUGUGUAGAAGUUAAGUCAGAUUUGCUAAGCCUGUAACAAGGUUACACUGAGGUAAGUUUUGUGAAUAUGGCGGGGGGGAGAUAUGUGGCAUUGACAGAGUACGAACAAUGAUUUUUGCUGUUACUAUUUUUUUUUCUAGGUACAUUGCCGUGGUACACAUUUUAUGUUAGCUUUCACUUGAGCAUUUAAGGUGGUCUUACUUCUAAGAUUCUCUGAGUUAGAGGGCUGUGUCUUGCUAAUGCUCUAGUGCCCACUGACAUUGGAAAUAAGGGCUGACUCUUUGAGGAAGUGUGUUCAACAAAAUACUUUUCUCUUUGAUUUGCAUCCAAAUUCAGUCUUUUACAUCAGUGUGUACUGACUGAGUUGGCACUUAUUGGACUCUGCAGUGUUUAACUGCUUAUUUGUUUUUCAAAAAAUACUCAUUUUUUUCUGGGUUUUAUUUUUGUUGUUUCAUAGCUACUAAAUAAGUAGUGAUUACCAGGUCUGUUUGUGUUCCCUUAGUUUAGUCUAAUUUGAAGACGGGGGGGCACAUUUGCCCAGGUAUAACACAUUUAACUCUUAAUUGCAUUUUUAGCAUUUUAUAUAAGAUUGACAAAAGAAACCUUUGGUUCUUAAGAUUUUGAUAUUAUUGAGGCAUUUGCCAUGUUUUCAUAUUUAAAUAUUGUUCCUUGGUCUUGCUAAAUUAUACUGGACUUUGACCUGGCUUGCGUGGCUAAUGGUAAAAUAAUUUGAUUCUUGCUAGCACUGCGAACAUGAAGCAGCAGAUGUAGCUGAUAUAUCCUUCCACUCAAGAUUACAGAAAACUUCAACUUCCAAGCCUGAAACACAUUCUCUGUUGUAAUCUGAUGGAUGGCUCUUAUCUUUGGCCACUGUCAAAGCCAUAAUGUUUUAUUUUAUUCUGCUGUUUGUUUAUAUAGGGGCUGAUGUGGGCCACCACAUUUUAUCGACAGUCUCCAUCAACGUAAAAUGCCUCCUUCAGUGUUUUAAAAAGAAUAGUUCACUGUGAAACAGAAUAAUUUAAGGCACUGUGUUUUCACCUCUCAUUUGCUGAUGGCAUUUUUAAGUCGAGGCACAUAAGUUACAACAGUGUUCAUUGUGAUUCUGAUAUAGUUGUGUUGCAUCUUGUUUUACAGUAUUUUGUUACAGGUGAUGCAUUCCAAGGAUGCUUAAUGUUUAUCUCCCUACUGCCCUCCCAAAUUAGAAAGUAAAGUACUGCUGCCUAUGUGGAAAGGGUCUAUGUAAAGACAUAUUAAGAUUUAUAGACAUGCAUGUUGAAUUCUUGGUGGUGUUUAUUUAUUUGUUGUUAUUUUGUGUGAUAAGCAAGAGAGUAAAUAUUAAUCAUUUGCAUAUUGUUUUCCAUUUAUGAAAGUAUUGUUUUUUUAAAUUUGUCACUGUCUCUUUUCCCAGAAAUGUAGAGAGUCAAGUCUGUGGUUAUAGGUAAAGGCAUUUACUGCACUAAACAUGAGCAGGGGCUUGGAUAGAUCAUGUCACAUGCUGUAUGUACUGCACUGGGCAUUCACUCACAAAUACUGUUCUGACAUGUUAUGAAGUUGCUGUCUAGCGUUCCAAAGUAUUUGCUCCAUGUGCUUUGAACUGAGUUCAAGUUGUGUAAUGGUACCUGGGAAAGGCUGAGUUCCUCAACUGUCCAACCCACUGUCUUGCAUUACAUGCCCCAUGGCAAUAAAGGAAGUCAAGAUUG